AUGAGUAGUGCCACAAAUCCGCCUGCGCCCAGCCGGUUCAUCCAUGUCUCAGAGAUCCCGCCGCUCCCUUCUGGCACUAAAGUGAGGUGUCUUGGUUGUGUCGUCCAGUACGACAUCACAACAGGUCGGCUCCUUCUGGAACAAACAUUCCCAAAGACUUUCCAUUCUAAGCACCAGGUAUGGGUUGAUGUCAACCUCGUCCUUGAAACCAUAGAUGCCCAGGUUCUCUGUCCAGGGGCAUGGGUAAAUGUGAUUGGGUACACGAGGAAUCACGGCUCUCGGAGCGACAACAAGAAUACAGCUGAGCAGGGCUCUGGGAAAGGCAUGGCUCUCCAGGCAAUCCUGAUCUGGAGCGCUGGGGCGCUGCGAGUGGAAGAUUACACCUCCAUUGUCGAAGAACAGAGACUUGUUCAAAAGCAGUUCAGGGCCCAUCGUAACACGAUGGAAAAGAGGUAG